GAGUGAUACUAGGGGAUAAAUCUUUGAGGAGGAGAAGAAAACAGCAGAGACACCAACAAGAUCGAGGUGCGCGCCGCUCUACUGCGCACUGAGCCCCGAAGCAGCGUGGUAGGAGGACGUGUGUGGGCGAGAUGCUGAAGAUGGUUGUCUGCGCCGAGGGGAACUGAAGAGCCAAGAAACAGACGCUGACCCAUACAUCUGUCCAGGGAACCUGCUGACGAAAAUGGAACAUGGUAAUAGUGAAGGGGUCGAUGACUCCCCAGCACGGGAUGCCGCUGCAUUGCCCGUCUCCUCGACCCUUGCCUCCCCAAGCCAGUCUGUCACCCGGCCACAGGGAGACACUCCUUAUCCAGCCCCACCCAGAGACUUUUUUGAUUCCUUUGACUACUCUGGAGUUUUCCUUCAUUUGGGAUGUGACAGCUCAGACAUGGAGGAGGAGUUACGGAAUACCAGGAAAGAUAGAGAGGAAGAUGGGUUCCCUUCCCCCAUGCCCAGACACAAAGCUCUAUCCAAGUUUACCCUGACGCCAUCAUUGGCCAGGAAAGAGAGUGAAAGGUCUGAACAGUCGCUUACCCUGGUCACCCCUCAUCACACUCCUUCCUUAUCUGUGGAUUGCCCCGAGCGCCCCAGCAAGCUCUACCGCACCUCCACGAGCCAGUACGAGAGCUCCAUGUCCUGUCGCUUACUUUUUACUGCUGGCAACCCUCCCAGCCCUGUCACUCUUCCUGAAGAAGAGAACUCAAGUGGUCACAACCAUGCUCACUCCCCUACUGUUGUCUCCACCAAACAGGACCUGCAGCCUCUAAGCCAGGAAGGAGCAGGAGCACCUUCCUCUCCCCCAAGCACACCCAUCCACUCCCCUUCCUCUUGCAGUGAUUGUGUGGAGUGCUCCUUCUCCACCUCCUCUUCCUCCCCAGUAACGGGCUGUUUGUAUCCCUUCGGCUCACCCAUCCUGUCAUGGGAGGGGCUCACCAUUCAGACCAGCUUGUCCAGUCCUGAAGUAGACAGAGUCCAAGAGCCUUCCAGGAGUGAGGUCCUGGACCUCCCUGCCCCUGCCCAUGACCCUCAGGGAACAUCAGACAAACUAGAGGAGAGGGUUGUGCAAAACUACAGGCCCCAUUUCACUCCAGAGGGCCCUCCUGAGGAUGCCAUGAAGGAAGGACAGGCCCCAAAGGAUGCCCCUCUUGGUAAUGUUGAGGAGAUGGAAGUGGAGGAAGAAGCCCGUUCUGCUGCCAGGAAGGUCAACAGUGACCCCAUGGAAGCCAGUCUUGCCCCAUCCAGCACUGGCAGUGUCAGAAGCAAUUGGACUGUGAUUAGCGGCAUCAGUCCCCUACCAUCCAGUGAGCCCUCCCACCAUCGCCACCACCACCAUGGUCAUCAUCACCACCACCACCACGUCCAUCACCACCACCACAGGAAGCACAGGGAUGAGGACCAGGGAACUGAUACCAUGCUCACCAGCACUCCAAUCCACCAGAAGCGUGUGGUGGAGGCUGUGGAUGUGUCCGCUGAGGACCAGGGAACUGAUAACAUGCUCACCAGCACUCCGAUCCACCAGAAGCAUGUGGUGAAGGCUGUGGAUGUGUCCACUGAGAACCAGGGAACUGAUAACAUGCUCACCAGCACUCCAGUCCACCAGAAGCACGUGGUGAAUGUGUCUACUGAGGACCAGGGAACUGAUAACAUGCUCACCAGCACUCCAGUCCACCAGAAGCAUGUGGUGAAGGUUAUGGAUGUGUCUGCUGUCACCUCGAGCCAGGACGCCACUUCAGAUCCCAGGUUUGUCUUGACCUCAGAGCUCAUAUUUCCAGACUCACAGAGCGAUGGGAGAGAAGAGGCACUGGAGAAGGGAAAGCAAGGCGGCAGCAGCAUCAUGGGUUCUUCCAAGAGUGACAAGGAGAACAGAGAUCCGGGCUGUGCCCCCACCAUUAUUCCACUGACACCUCAUUCCGCCAUGUGGCUCGCCCCGACGGAGAAAGAAACCACAAAACUAAAAAGACCAAGACAGGGCACUGGUGAGGAUGAUGUCUUUGAGCCAGAAGGUGAAAAGGAAAUGGAAACUAGUGCAGUCGGAGAUGCUUUGAGGCCCAGAAGAGAGAUUGCCGAAACCGACUUGAUGAGAAUCCCGGUGUGGAAGAAACCGCGCCAGCAGAUGCAGUCCUGGAGUUACCCUCAGGCCCGCCGCUUAACUAAGGCGGAGGCAAAGGCUCUGCUGGCGGCGGAGGUGAACUUCUCAGACGACUUCCUCACCAAGCAGCUUCCUCCACCGCAUCUCUCCUCCACGAUGGAUGAGCUGCUCUUCCGAGACGUCCACAGAAACCCACGGCUGUCAACCACCUUGGAGUAGACAGCUGGGCAGUGUUUCUCUAGCUUUUCUUUUUCAUGAAUCAAAAGGAGUGCAAGGUUUUUUUUUCAUGACUCAAAAGGAAUGCAAGGGUAAAGUGAAAUCAGUUUAUUUUUUUAUUUUUUUAUUCAGAAUCAAAUGGAAAGCAAGGAUAAAAUGGAAAUGGAAACCUUUUUUUUUUGUUUGUUUCAGUUGAUAAAAGAUACAUAAUGAUUCAUUUGAUUUAAAACAUUUAAUACUCUGGUUACAUUACAUUUGCAUGUUUGUAUUGUUGAAUUAUUUGGAGUGGACAGUCGUGUGGUUGCAAAUAUGUCAGAGGAAUUAUCAGGUUUGGAAUUCAAUAAUGUUGUAAUAUAUUUUAUGGUUAUGUUUUUGUAGUCCGGUACAUGUGCUUUCAUUGCUUUUUAAUUUCUUCAGUAAACUAUUUCUGUU